AUGAAGAAGCAGCCUUUACAGCGACUGCAACCUGCAGCAUCAAUCACAAGUAUUUCAACUCCUCAUAUUGUCAAUUCGGAUACAAGUAGAAAUGGAACAUUCUCAAUACACAAAAACGUUUUUAGGACUGUCGGAGUUAUGAUAACAUUCUUUUCUGUGUUCGUUACAUUAUUCGGAGUGUGUUGUGAGCCAAUGACAGCAACAACAACACCAAUACCUUUCUCAAUCUCUUCUUCUCAACAUUGUCAAGCUUAUUACCAAUUAUCCAACAAUCAAUCAGCAUCUAUACAAGAGAUUUUGAGUUUGGAUCCUCUCUAUCCACUGCAAUGGCACUUGCUGAACACAGGUCAAAAACAAAUCAUGUCCAAUGGAGGACAAGACCAAGGUGUUGCCGGAAAUGAUGUGAAUAUAUUUCGAGUUUGGAAUGAUUAUAGAUUAGCAGGAAGAAAUGUUACUGUUGCAAUUGUCGAUGACGGAGUGGACUAUCCUCACGAAGAUAUUUCUUGUGGAUUUGAAAAGAAUGAAUUGAGUGCUGAUAUUAGUUCUGGAGAAAAUGCUUCUCCUUAUGGAACACCUGUUUUGUCUACUGAUAAUCAUGGUACUGCUUGUGCUGGAGUGUGUUGUGGUAGAGCGAGUAAUAACAAGUGUGGUGUUGGUGCAGCGUUUGAAUCCAAUAUUGUUUCUAUAAGAACAUUGGGUGACUUGUAUUCAGAUGCCAUCGUUGCAAAUGCUUUAUCUCACUACAAUGAUAGAAUUCAUAUUUACAGCAAUUCUUAUGGUCCACCUGAUGAUGGUGUUUCUCUUGAAAGAUAUCCUCUUUCUGCGCAAGCACUGAGGAAUGGUGUGACCAAAGGCAGAAGUGGAUUGGGAAAUAUUUAUGUUUGGGCGAGUGGAAACGGAGCAAGCUAUGGGGACACCUCGGAUUGGGAUGAAUUGGCAAAUAGUCCAUACACCAUUUGUGUCUCUGCAACGGAUUGGAAAGGCCAAGCUAGCAUUUAUAGUGAAUCAGGAACAAGUACCUUAAUUAAUGCACCUUCGAGUAAUUUUGUUGCAUCGAAUGGACCAUCAACAAGCAAAAUUGUGACCACAGACCGAAGAGGACAACAAGGUUAUGUCGAUGGAGAUUGUGUUAGUGAAUUCGGUGGUACAAGCUCUUCCUGCCCUUUAGCAGCAGGUAUUAUUGCUCUAAUAUUACAGGCACGUCCAGAAUUAACAUGGAGAGAUGUACAACAUAUUCUCGUCAUGACAUCUAAAAGAACUGAUGUGAAUAAUCCAACAUGGUUGAGAAAUGGAGCUGGGCUCUAUCACUCUAUUGACUAUGGAUUUGGAAGAAUUGACGCCUAUGAAGCUGUAACUGCUGCCAAAUCAUGGACCUUACUCACUUCUGAGUAUCGAAUCCUUGACUUUAAACCUCAAACAUCUCUUGGAAGUGGAUUAACCAUUUCUACUCUCCAAUCCAAUCCAAGUCUCAUCACUUUCACAGUAGACCAUAGUUUUCAAGUGGAAUAUGCUGUUUUAACUCUCUCAGUAACAACUUCUCAGCGAGGUAUGGUUUACUUUGCAUUACGUUCUCCAUCAGGAACCAUCAGUGUAAUGGGAAGAGGAAGACGUAAUGAUCGAUCACCCAACAUUGAAAAUCAACCUUUCACUUCAGUACAGUUUUGGAAUGAAACCAGUGCAGGACAAUGGACCAUGUCUAUCUAUACUACCAAUGAAGGAGUGUCACUUCUUACUGCAGCAUCUUUAACUCUACAGGGAGGAGGUCAUACAUUUCCAGCAGUACCUUCUGUAUCCAAGUCUACAUUGCAAUCUAUUUCGACACUGAGCCCAUCCGUGCCCUCGACAAGUAGUGCAAACAGCAGUAGUAGUAGCAGUGAUAUUUCUCCAACAUGGGAUAUUCCUCGAAAUGUACGUGUGGCAAUUGUUGUGAUUGCAUUGACGCUGGUUGCUUGUGUGGUUCUUGUCGUUGUGUUUGUGGUGUACUUGAAGAAAAAACUUUCCAAACCAGGACGUCCCGUUCCAGAUCAUUCAUUUGAAGAAGGUAAUGCAGUCACCCGAGAGCAAGAAAAGAAUAGAGGUUCGUUUUACUAUAGAGACUAG